ACACUUUGUCGAAUCGUCUGCUUACUGUCAACAUAACACAUGAGCUUUAUUGUCGGUUUAAAUAUCACAUCAAAACAUAAUUUAGAGCAGUUUUUGAUUUGCUAAUUCAUGUGCAACAGAACAGACACUCCCUACUUCCUUUAGGACCGCAAAGCCUGCCCUGCAAAAUAUCUCAAACUUAACCUUUGUCUUGUGGGGGUGAGAAGACACCGUACAGUCACUUUUUUAUGAUCCCUGGUGUAUACGUACAGUGUCGUUACAAAAGAAAAUUGUGAGGCGGGUUUCCUAAAAUAACUUUUCAUAGAAAAUGCCAGAAUUUCUCCAGGAAUUAAGCCAGGAGAAUGUUCACAUCCCAUUCAGACGUGUCCUAGUAACUGGAGCCACAGGGUUACUAGGGCGGGCAGUUUACAAGGAGUUUCAAGACAAUGACUGGUACACAGUUGGCUGUGGGUACAGUCGUGCCCGACCCAGAUUUGAAAAAUGCAAUUUGCUGGAUGCUGAUGCUGUAAGAGCGAUGAUUCAGGAGUUUCAGCCCCAUGUUAUAGUGCACUGUGCUGCAGAGAGGAGGCCAGAUGUGGUAGAAAGUCAGACGGAUGCUGCGAUACAGCUGAAUGUAUCUGCUGCAGGAAACCUGGCCAAAGCAGCAGGUGUGAUUUUUUUGAUCUACAUCAGCACAGAUUAUGUAUUUGAUGGAAGAAAUCCUCCAUAUGACGUUAAUGACACUCCAAACCCAUUAAACAUGUAUGGAAAAACAAAGCUGGAAGGAGAAAGAGAGGUCCUCCGAAAUAAUAUGGGAGCGGCAGUUCUCAGAGUUCCUGUUCUAUACGGAGACGUCGAAAAGCUUGAGGAGAGCGCCAUAACUGUGCUGUUAGAUAAAGUUCAAAACUCCACAGAUUCGUGCAGCAUAGACCACUGUCAGCAGAGGUUCCCCACCUAUGUGAAGGACGUGGGUCGAGUGUGCCGCCAACUAGCAGAGAGCCGUCUCCAGGAUCCUUCUUUGAGAGGCAUUUUCCACUUCUCUGGUAAUGAGCAGAUGACCAAAUAUGAAAUGGCAUGUGCAAUAGCAGAUGCCUUCAACCUGCCAAGUAGCCACCUGAGACCAGUCACUGAAGCCCCGGUGGGGUCAGGAGCUCUUCGUCCACACAAUCCUCAACUGGACUGCUCCCGUCUAGAGAAUCUGGAUAUUGGACACAGGACACCCUUCAAACAGGGGAUCAAGGAGAGCCUUUGGCCUUUCCUCCAUGACAAGAGAUGGAGACAAUCGGUCUUCCAUUAAGAAACAACUGAGAGAACCCCCCCCCCCCUUUAGUUUUGCUCGUAUUGCUUUUUUAGCACAAUGAAAAUUGUGUACAGUAACAAACCAAUACGCUUUAAGUCAAAAUCCAAACUAGUUAAUUUACUUCAAUAUUUGUAGUCAAUGUUAUGUGACACUUUAAAUGAAGAUUAGUAAUGGUAAUAAAUAAUAUUUUCCUUUUGAAUGUUAAUAGCAUUUCAUGGAAGGAUAAAAACUUGAAACAAGAGGGGAAAAAAAACCUCUAAAGAAUCUUGCUCCUUUUUGAUAAGAAGUAUUCCUAGUUUCCUUUUAUAUAGUUUAAUUUAUAAAUAAACAUGGUUUGUUUGAGAUGGCUACCUGUUUUAAAUACGCUCCUAACAAUGUCACUGCAUUCAUGCCAUCAUUAUUUCGUUUUGUGCAGGUGAUAGUCCUGUGAAGCACAAUGUCGGUUAUAUGUUUUAAAAAUCUUAAAGGGGGUUGUAAAAAGUACAGAUUUAUUUUAUCAAGUAGAUGUUAUGUAUCCCAAGCAAGAUAUCGUAUUUGCACUUUUUUGUUAGAUUAUUUUGAAAGGGGGUUAUUUCCCAAAGGCUGAGCCCUGCACUACACUUAAAGGUAUAUUCAGGUUUUUUGUUUUGAGGUGUUGACUUUUCACAAUUCUAAAAUAAAUAAGAUAAUUUUGUUGAUUGUAUGAAUAUGUUUGAAAUCAAUAAUGAUGAUAAGUGAUUUAUAGCAAACUGGCUACUGUUUUAAUGGAUUAUUGUGGAUUAUUAGUGCGACUGUGCUGGAAAAGACCUGGCUGGUUUACUGAGAUUCACGAGGUUUCUGUAUGUGUUAACUGUACCCUAUUUUCCAUUGUGUAAUAAAGUAUAGUUAAGC